CUCCCCGCCCCCGUCCUCACCGCACCUGCCAGGUCACAAACCCCUUCCCACCCUCUCGCGCUCCCUCCCGGAGGCUGUCUUGUCUCACAUUGAUUGGUCGGAGCCAAGAGGGUCGUCGACGCCGGCUCCUGGCGGAGCGCGGGGAGGAGGGAGGUGUCGGUGUCAGCGGCAUAGUCGACGGCGGCCCCGGUCAUGGAAGAGACGCAGCCGCUUCCGCAGUCCGAGCUGCCGCUGUGCGACAGCCUUAUCAUCUGGCUGCAGACAUUCAAUACUGAUGCACCUUGUCAGGAUGUCGCACAGCUGACUAGCGGAGUUGCCAUGGCACAAGUUCUUCAUCAAAUUGAUGUAGCUUGGUUCAAUGAAUCUUGGUUAAGCCGAAUUAAAGAGGAUAUUGGUGACAACUGGAGAAUAAAGGCUAGUAAUUUAAAGAAGGUACUUCAAGGAAUUAUGAGUUAUUACAGUGAGUUUUUGGGGCAGCAGAUUUCUGAAGAACUUAUCCCUGAUUUAAACCAAAUAAUUGAAUGUUCAGAUUCUGUGGAGCUUGGGAGAUUGCUCCAGCUUAUUUUAGGUUGUGCAGUCAACUGUGAAAAGAAGCAAGAACAUAUUCAAAAUAUAAUGACACUAGAAGAGUCUGUUCAACAUGUGGUCAUGACUGCUAUUCAAGAGUUGAUGAGUAAAGAAAUAUUGAGCUCUCCUACAAAUGAUGCUGUUGGAGAAUUAGAGCAACAGCUUAAAAGGGCCUUGGAAGAACUUCAAGAAGCACUAGCAGAAAAAGAAGAACUGAGGCAAAGAUGCCAAGAACUAGAUAUGCAGGUGACUGCACUUCAAGAUGAAAAGAAUUCAUUAGUUUCUGAGAAUGAGAUGAUGAAUGAAAAACUUGACCAGUUGGAUGGAUCUUUUGAUGAUCCAAAUACAGUGGUUGCAAAAAAGUAUUUUCAUGCACAGUUACAACUAGAACAAUUACAGGAAGAAAACUUCAGGCUUGAAGCUGCAAAAGAUGAUUACCGUGUUCACUGUGAAGAACUUGAAAAGCAACUAAUUGAAUUUCAGCAUAGGAAUGAUGAACUGACUAGUCUUGCUGAAGAAACAAGAGCCCUGAAAGAUGAAAUAGAUGUUCUUAGGGCUACCUCUGAUAAAGCAAAUAAACUAGAGUCAACAGUCGAGAUAUAUCGUCAGAAGCUACAAGAUCUGAACGACCUUCGCAAGCAGGUGAAAACUUUACAAGAAACAAACAUGAUGUAUAUGCAUAAUACAGUCAGCUUAGAAGAAGAAUUAAAGAAGGCAAAUGCAGCACGUACGCAGUUAGAAACAUACAAGAGGCAGGUUCAGGAUCUUCACAAUAAACUUUCCUCUGAAUCCAAAAGGGCAGAUAAACUAGCAUUUGAAAUGAAGCGGCUUGAAGAAAAACAUGAAGCUUUACUUAAGGAAAAAGAGAGACUAAUAGAACAACGUGAUACUCUGAAAGAAACAAAUGAAGAGCUUCGAUGUUCACAAGUACAACAAGAUCAUCUAAACCAAACAGAUGCAUCUGCUACAAAAAGUUAUGAGAAUCUUGCUGCUGAGAUUAUGCCAGUGGAAUAUAGGGAAGUGUUUAUCCGACUGCAACAUGAAAAUAAGAUGCUCCGCUUGCAACAGGAAGGUACUGAGAACGAGCGUAUUGAGGAACUUCAGGAGCAGCUGGAACAGAAGCACCGCAAGAUGAAUGAACUGGAAACCGAGCAAAGGCUGAGCAAAGAGCGUAUCCGAGAAUUGCAGCAGCAGAUUGAGGAUCUCCAGAAAUCUUUACAGGAACAAGGCUCCAGGUCUGAAGGAGAAAGUUCCAGCAAACUAAAGCAGAAGUUGGAAGCUCAUAUGGAAAAACUAACUGAGGUCCAGGAAGAAUUACAGAAGAAACAAGAACUCAUUGAAGAUCUUCAGCCAGAUGUAAACCAGAAUGCACAAAAGAUCAAUGAACUUGAAGUUGCUCUUCAGAAGAAAGAUGAAGAUAUGAAAGCGAUGGAGGAGAGAUAUAAAAUGUACUUGGAGAAAGCAAGAAAUGUAAUAAAAACUUUAGAUCCCAAAUUAAAUCCAGCAUCAGCUGAAAUAAUGCUACUUAGAAAGCAGUUGGCAGAGAAAGAGAGAAGAAUUGAGAUUCUGGAGAGUGAAUGUAAGGUAGCAAAAUUCCGUGAUUAUGAAGAAAAACUCAUUGUUUCUGCCUGGUACAAUAAGAGUCUAGCAUUCCAGAAACUGGGGAUGGAGUCUAGACUUGUGAGCGGCAGUGGUGCUGGCAAAGACACUGGUGCGUGUACCCCCGCCCGGUCUUUCUUAGCGCAGCAGCGGCACAUCACCAGCACCAGGAGAAAUCUCUCUGUCAAAGUUCCUGCUACAACACCUGAUUAA